UGACCCACCAGGUAAGACAGUCUUUGUCUAUCAACUCCCGCCUUUUGUCGUCCCCCGUUCUUCUGAUCACAACGCGUACGAGUCAAGUAAAGCCUAGGAAAAAUGAAGAAAACAAAAAUUGGGACGAUCGGAGUGGGUUUCCCUUUGCUUCCAGAUUUCAGGGCAAGACAAAUAGUGUUUAACGAUGUAAAAUGAUUAGAAACAAAAUACAUGAUUUACUAAACAUAUCAAGUACCUAUAAUCAUAGUUGCCCAAGAAAUGGAUACACAUUUUAAAAUCAUACCCGGCUGCUUGAGCUAUUGAACUAUUAUUUUGAAUAAUCUUUAACUACAUCGAUAUGUCUAGUAAACGAUAUGAUUUUUGUUCAGUUUGUUAGUAUCCUGCUCUAAAGUACAUAUUGUCAUGAUGCAUUUAUGAUGAGAUAUAACAUUUUUAUUUGAUAUCUGUGUGAUAAAAAUUCCAAAGGGAAUCCAUGCGACCUAAGUGUUCAAAUACAAAUUGACAAUGCAAAACUGAACUGCGUCAAGACAUUGGCAUUUUUGACAUCAUAUUUCAGUUGUACUUCUAUGCGUCGACGUCGUAUUAACACAUAGACGACCUAUGUUCAGUGGGUCGGUUAUCUCACGUUUUCAAACGAGAAGAAUAUGUCGGAAAUGAUUCUACAACGUUUUUAAGCCCCCACCCCCCUCCAACAACCCACUAGCUAGUUUUUCCAGUACGGUCGGUCGGGUAACCGGACGCACAACAUUUUUCCUAGGUCUUAUUACUGUCGCCUUUCGCUUAAUCGUCCUGUAUGUAGGGCAUCUGUCUAGUAACUCCGACGUUCUUCCUGACAGGUUCUUUCAAUCACAACAUGUACGGGAGAAAAGGUGCAGUUUCUUUCCAGUGCGCUUCACAGCUCCUGUUUUAGCUGUAACCUUCCGCCAUGUCGCCGGAGGAGGAGAAAGAGUCCCCUGAGAAAGAGUUCGCCGGUAACACAAGUCUACACGGACUCAACAGGAUUGUGAUCGCCCCCAGCGGUUACUUCCGGGUCCUGUGGGUUCUCGCCAUUCUUUCUUCCUACAGCGGGUUCGCCUACAUGUUCAGCACUAUGAUUAUCGACUACUUCAGCUACAACACCAUCACAGAUACGAAGUUGGAGUUUGACGAUGAGGUGAUUUUUCCGGCGGUCACAGUCUGCAACAUGAACAAAUUUGACGAAGGUAAGCUGAAGAUUAUUGACUUCGUCUACCUGUCGAUGUUCCUGUACGCAGUUCAACUUGACGUUGACACGAUCAUAGCCGGUGGUGCGAUACCUGAUGAGACCGUCAAUUCCACCACGGAGGGCAUGAAUGUUGAGGAUCUCCUGUUGCAAAAAGGCUUUGACAUCCACUGGAAUCGCAUGCCUCUAUGCAUUUGGAAGGGGGUCCACUGUACCGAACGGAACUUCACCCAUUCAUUCGGCCACUACGGAAACUGCUAUACCUUUAACGCUGAUGCCGACAACCCGCUAAAACAGUCCAUGCAGGGUUCCAGCCAAGGAUUCAUGGCGUUCAUCGACCUUAAAGUGGAUGAGUACACUGAAACGUAUACCGCUAGUGGGAAUGCUGAGGUGGGACUGAAGCUCCUGGUGCACGAUCCGAGGGAACCUCCCAUGAUGGACACCCAGGGCAUCGCCCUCGCGCCGGGCAACCACGCUCUCGUUUCCGUCAAGCAGAUACUGUACGAGAACCACGUGCCACCGUGGGGGGUCUGCGACGACCGACAGCUGGAGUAUUACGACACCUACACGUUGAACGGCUGCUAUCUGGAGUGCAGGAGUAAACACGUGGUCAGCAACUGCAGCUGUCGGCCCUACAACUUACCAGGAACGGCACCAACAUGUGACCCGACUACCAUGUUCACAUGUGUCAACGAUGUAUUAGAUCAGGUGAUCAGAGGUGAGCUGAAGUGUGACUGUCCCGUACCCUGCAGUAUGACGUCAUACAGCACGUCUGUGUCGUACGCAGGAUGGCCGAACAGACACACCCGGACCUACCUUGCACCGUACUGGGGCAUGGACGCAGACUACAUAACAGCAAACGGCGUCGUGUUCAGCGUCUUCUAUGAGAAACUGAACUACCAGAAAAUCACAGAACUGAAAGCAAUGGACGGAGGACAACUUGCAAGUAACAUAGGAGGAAUGAUGGGCCUGUUUAUAGGAGCCAGCCUGCUGACCCUCCUGGAGGUGUGGGAGUACCUGUGGCAGCGUCUGAAGGGGUUCCUCGGGAAACAUCGUCGCCCAACGGUCAUCGAUGUUAAAACUCAACCACACGACAUAGAAAGGGGAAUAGUGUUUCACAAGUAAAUUCCAAACCAAACCAAGGCGUACAUAUACUUGGAGACUAUAUAUAUGCAAACUUGCCGUAUCUAUUGAAUUGUAACUAGUAUCUUAAAAGUAUAUGAUUAUGUAUAAAUAAGUAAAGCUUUGUAAAUAUUUUUACUUACUUUUACGUUUGACUGUUCUUUCACAAAUGAUUUAUUUGUAAAGCUUUAUGGUCCUUGCAUUUUGUUGCGUUCUUAUAAAAGAGAGGUCGAAGGUCACCAAGAUGGCUGCAUAAUAGUAUGAAUGUUUGCUGUUUUAAUUUGAAGACUGUAUUAUUUGGUGCGCCAAGUGAUGUUGGACAGCACAGAUUAAAUGUCAUCCUCCAAAUGAGAGAAAGUAUAAAAUAACGAGGUCGAUUUUAGUCCUCUUCUUUUAAGGAAUCUAAUCCCCUGUACUCCAACACACAAAACAUUCUUUAUUUCAUUUUAUUUACUUUCUCUUCAACGUUACAUAGCAGCCUGCUGCCUGAACUUUUCCACGUUUUUGUAACAUUUUCAGUUGAAACACUUUCAAGCAAUUCAGGCAUUCCGCAUACGUAUAGUACAUCUAUUCAGUAUUAUUAUUAGAAUGACCUUUAAAGUAAAUACAGGUUACUUCUACCACUAUUUUGGUUAUCUCACUGGUCCGCGCCUGUUUGCGAAAUACAUUUGCUAACCGGCGCAAGUUGGUCGCAAUUGGGUUGAACUUGACGCAAGCUUAGUCACCAGCAGGCGUGACCACUGGAAAUACCUUUUUGGUGAAUCUUGAUUAUUGUACAUGAUUUCAAAUUUCAGAGGCUACUCUGCUGUGUGUGUGUGUGUCAUUCUGGUGUGUGUGUGUCAUUCAGUCUAUACAGACUAUGAAUUCUGCAAAGACACUCUGGUAAACGUAGAAUAAAUGACUAAAAGGUAAAAAAGUCUAAAUCACCAUCAGCACUGGUCAGAUUUCUUUGCUCAUUCUUGGCUCAACCAGUCAGCACUCGUCAGCUUUCUUUGCUCAUUUCUGGCUCAAUCUGAAUCUGGUAUUGCCCCUUACUUCCCAGGACAAUAGUUUAUAAUAUUACAUGUAUUUAUUGUUAAGUGAAACUACCCAUGAUUAAGUUAAUUGUAAUAAUAAACUCUAUUUUUUUUACGGGAACCAGCUUUGAAAGAG